CAGCGUCGACUAAUCGUCCUGAAUGCUAAGGAAAUGCAGGCUAGCACGUGGGUCAAUUCAGUAGGCGAUCUCUCCCAAAAAUACUUCAUUUCAGUACAUUACUAUUCUCUUUGGUGAUUUAAAACAAAUAUUCUAGUGGGUGAAAAGUCGAUUUUACCACUAAGCUGGCUAUCAAGCUUUCUAAUGGCGGACAAUGGCGAUAAUGACUCCCAGCACAGAGUGAAUGAGGGUGACUACGUAGUACUGAAACGGGGAGACAUCUACAAAGCUGUGCAGAUUCAAAAGAAAAAGAAAACUGUAUUUGAAAAGCAGUGGUUCUUCCUGGACAAUGCAGUGGGGGAGUUGUAUGGGACCACCUUUGAAGUUGUGACUGGUGGAACACUGCAGCCACGGAAACCUAAACUCGUUGAGAGCUCUGCAGAUGCCAAGGAAGCAGGAACAGACAACAGGAACAUUCUGGACGAUGGAAAAUCACAGAAACUCACCAGAGACGAUAUUGAGACCCUCAAAGAGCAAGGUCUGAAGGGACAGGAAAUAGUCCAGCAGCUGAUAGAGAACAGUACAACAUUCAGGGACAAGACUGAGUUUGCACAGGAGAAAUACAUCAAGAAAAAAAAGAAAAAGUAUGAGAACAGUGUGAUGGUUCUAAGGCCCUCCUGUCGUGUCAUGGCUAUGAUGUACCACGGCAGAGAACCAGGGAAGAUAUGCCACCUGCGGUAUGACACCCUUGCCCAGAUGCUGACUCUGGGGAAUAUCCAUGCAGGCAGUAAGGUGCUGGUGUUUGAGACCUGUGCUGGACUGGUGCUGGGGGCUGUCAUGGAGAGGAUGGGAGGCUAUGGGUCAGUGGUGCAGAUGUACCCAGGAGGAGGUCCUGUGAGGGCGGGGAUGGAGAGCUUUGGGUUCCCGUCCCACUUCCACGACACGCUCCAUGAGUUCCCCAUCUGUCACGUCAACGCACUGCUGGCGGGGGCACUGGACACAGAGGCCAAAAACAUAGACGCAGAUUCCGGACAGGCCAAUGGGGACAAGUCCAACCUGACCCAGACUGGCCCAGAGAAGGCAGAAAGCAAGGAGUGUAGCGCAGACACGGAGGACCAAUGCAUGGAGACUAGUACCAGUACAGACCCUGCCGCGGACAAGGAGAGAGAGGAUAGGGAGAAACUUAGAGAGAUCAGAGGCCAGGAGAGGAAGGUGAAGAUGGAGGAGAAGAGGAAGAAAUUAGCUGCUGCUGCUGCCGUGCUGGAGGGGAGGAAUGCCGACGGGUUGGUGAUUGCCAGUCGGUUCCACCCCUGUCCAGUUCUACUUGGCCUUAUCAAGUUCCUUGCCCCCUCCAGACCCUUUGUCGUGUACUCUCAAUACAAAGAGCCUCUGAUAGAGUGCUAUACAAAGCUCAAGGAACAAGGCGGAGCAGUCAGCCUGCGACUCACCGAUUCCUGGAUCAGACAUUACCAGGUGUUACCUAACAGGACGCACCCCAUGCUGCUGAUGAGUGGGGGUGGGGGCUACCUCCUCUCCGGGACGACCGUUGCUACGGAUACACCGAAGAUGGGUUCAACGAGAGGAGAGGAGCCAGCUGCAAAGAGACUGAAACUCACAGAGACCACAGAGGGAUAACACUUCAAACUUAUUGCGGUCACCCAUUUGUUGUGAAAUUUAUAUCAUUGAUGACAUCAUUUAACUGUACUUGUGGGAUAGAAGGACUGAAAUCUCUCACGCUUCUUAAGAUCAGUUAUAUAAUAAUUUGGCUGUUAUUGAGCCCUGGAGCUGCUUUCCAAAGCUCUUAGCUCCCAAAUGCAGUAUUUCGUUAUCAURACAUUUUUUMGGAAGAAUGUGCCGUGGUGUAAUAAAYCAGCCAUUUGUUUUCGCAGACUCAUCCCGUAACGCAUCUGUGUAUAUGAAUUUCAAUAAAUUACAGUGCUCUAAAGAUACUA